AUGUCUUCACUCGACAACAACAACAACAACAGUGAUCAACAAAUGACACAAUUUUGUCAUCAAUUACAAGAAAUGCUGAGUCAGACGCAGUCAUUGCACGACACGAUUGACAAACUAAAGAUUGAAUCGGCACUCAUGGCUCUUGAAGUAUCCACAAAAAUAGAUCCAAUUGAUGCCAUAACCGACUUCAUCGAUAUGAAGACAAUCGAUUCCCGUGUUUUAAUCGAUGAUAACAAUUGUGAACAACAAAUGGACACAAAUGAAUGUCAAUCGAUACCAUCGGAUCCCAAAUCAAUGAUUUGAAUGUUAAUUCAAUUUACUCAUUAAUUUAUUAUUUUUUGUAAAUAUUUGUUCAAUGAUUUCAAUAAUUAUU